AUGGAGUGUAAUAAUAUCAACACCCAGUUCCAAUCUCAAACUAAAACUCAAAUUCAAAUUCAAAAAUCCGCCAAGAAUCAAUCAUUACAAUUAGUAGAAUUAAGCAUAAAAGAACAUCUAGAUGAUUUUUGGGAAUUUUGGAAAGAGGAACGAGGGGUUGUUUGGUCAACAAAAGGUACUCAAGAAACAAGAGAAGAAGCGCUAAAACUUAUGAAAUUUAUCUUACCGAAGACGAAAGAUAAUCCUGAGGGAGAGACGGAGGAGAGUGUUAAGUUUGCUAUUGUUUUGAAAGUGGAGGGGGAUGGAGAGGGAGAUGGGGAGGGUAAACCGUCUAAAUGUGUAGGAAUGGUUGGAACCAACCGCCAUUCACCCCAAGGUCUUGAAUUAGGCUAUAUGGUAAACCCCAACUACUGGGGUAAUGGAUAUGCUACAUGGGGUUUAACGGAGUUUCUGAGGACAUUUUGGGGGAUGGAAGAAAGAUCUCACAUUCCCCACCUCGUCGCGAAAGUUGAUCCUAGGAAUAAAGCAAGCGAGAGAAUAGCAAUGAAAGCGGGGGCAAGAAAAGGAGAGCUUCUUGAAAAGGUAAGUUCUACGAGGAUUUUUGUAUCAUAG